AUGUGGCUUUCGCCUAAUGGCACCAUUCGAAAUAUAUUGGGCGGAACCGUCUUCCGCGAACCCAUUUUAUGCCGAAACAUCCCCCGUUUGGUACCUGGGUGGACGAAGCCGAUCAUUAUUGGGCGUCAUGCGCACGGAGACCAGUACAAAGCCAGUGAUAUGGUGAUCAAGGAGCCUGGGACGUUAGAAUUGGUAUUCACUCCGCAGGAUGGUACCAGAGAACCAGAGCGCAUCAAGGUUUUCCAGUUUACCGGAGGUGGUGUUGGCUUGUCCAUGUACAACACUGAUGAGAGCAUCCGCGGAUUCGCCUACAGCUGUUUUGAGUAUGCACUAAACAAAAAAUGGCCUCUGUACUUGAGCACGAAGAACACCAUACUAAAAAAGUACGACGGUCGAUUCAAGGAUAUUUUUCAAGAAAUAUAUGAAAAGGACUAUAAACGACAAUACGAAGAGAACAAAAUUUGGUACGAGCACCGCCUCAUCGAUGAUAUGGUCGCUCAGGCAAUGAAAUCAUCCGGCGGAUUUGUGUGGGCAUGCAAGAAUUACGAUGGAGAUGUGCAAAGCGACGUUAUUGCUCAAGGUAGAUCAGUACUUUGUAUCAAACUACACUGUUCACCUGGCUUCAUAUUUCAAGUACCUGUGGAUCCUGGUGCUGCUCUGCGCAAAAAUUUACGUUUUGAAUUUGAAAAGACGGUGUUCCAGCAGAACGACGGUGGAUAA